GAUCUGUCUCACUGUGUUCUUGGGUUUAAAAACACAGGGAUGUGAAACUCCAGACACUUAUGGGAUCACAAUGUUGUUGCAUUUGACUUUUUCUCCUCAUCCCCUGUAGUGCUGGUCUUCUUCCUUUACAUUGUAGCCUAUUGCUACUUUUACUUAAAGAUACAAUGUGUAAGAUUUGGCCAGAAAUACAUUUUAAAACAUAAAAAAAUUAACUUACAUAAACAAAAUUUAAAGACAUAAUAGCUCUGAUAUCAUGUUGAAGAUGUAUGUAUGUAUAUCUACUGAAGUUAGCAUGCUAACCAGCUGGCCCUGGCCCACCCCAUGUAGUAAUACCACCUGUGCCUUGAGCUGCAAUAGUGAGUCAAGCUUUUAUGAGGUUAUUAUAAUGAUAAACUCUGUGAUUAGAAAAGAAGAGCAGAAAGAGUAGCCUGACUGAGGGGAGGAUGAGGAGGAGAAAGGAGGUGAAAUGCUGCCUCCUAUUUGUUGCCAGUAACGAUGCAUUCAGUUCAGUUUUAUUAAUGUGGCACCAAUUCAAAACAGAAGUUUUCUCAUUGCACAUACUGUACCUGAAGUAAGAAAGUAAAGAAUCUUCGGUAACAAUUUAGUUGCCUAAGUUUUUUUACACCACUGAAGCACAACCACUGUACAUUCAGUCCAAGGAGAUUAAAAUCUUUUAUUCAGUCCAUGAUUAAUGCAUUCUUGAUUUAGGCUACUUAAAACUUUAACAAUCAUCUAAAAAUAAAUUAAAAUAAAUUAAAUAGCAUUUCGAAAAUAUUGGAUUUUGAAAAAUUGUAUCUUUGAUAAUAGUGCUGUGUUGAGGGGUGAAUAGGGACUAAUGAUCCGCGGGCGCACGCACGCACGCACGCACGCACAGGCAGUUGUCAGUUGCCUUGGCCGCUUUACACGGGCGCAGCUUUGUCAAUGGCCGUAUAUCUUGUGAGAGGAUUAAUGCAGCCUAAAGGUGGAGCAAAAAUUGUGAAGGUUUGUGGCGGACGGGAGCCUAAUCCUUUGAGCUCUUGCGGAGACACACGGAAAGAGAGGAGCGAAAAUGUCGAACUUUGCUAUCGGAUUUGGCGCAUUUUGUGAGGAACUGAUGGGCUGAAGAAUAUUCCCCCCACCCCACCCCCCAAUAACGGGACGUGAGCAUAGACGUCCGUGUUGUAGUCAGGACAAUUUAAUGGCAAUAUUUCAUCAGACAGAGCACCCCAGGGAACAGAAAUGGUGCACAAACUUCUGCUUCACAUCGCUUUAGCAGCAAGCCUCAUCUCACCUGAGCUGUCAGGCACCUCUGCCACCAAAACAAAAGCUCAAGUGAAGAACAACUCAGGUGUGACGCCAGCUGGGGAGUGUGGGACCUGGGUUAAGGAGCCUGAAGGAGGGUAUUUCACCUCACCCAACUACCCUGAGAAAUACCCACCUGAGAAGGAAUGUGUCUACAUCAUAGAAGCCUCUCCCCGACAGUGCGUCGACUUAUUCUUUGAUGAGAAGUAUUCCAUAGAGCCAUCCUGGGAGUGUAAGUUUGACCACAUCGAGGUCCGUGAUGGGCCCUUUGGUUUCUCGCCCAUCAUCGGUCGCUACUGUGGGCAGGAAAUCCCAGCAUAUGUCCGCUCCAGUGGGAGAUACCUCUACAUCAAGUUUGUGGCUGAUAGUGAACUGGAGGCCAUUGGUUUCGCUGCCCGGUAUAACUUCACACAAGAUCCUGAGUUCAAAGACCUCGGGGAACUGCCGGCUCUGCCAUUUUGUGAGUUUGAGCUGAGCGGUCCAGAAGGCUUUGUAGAAUCCACACAGAUAGCCGGAGAGGGCCGGGCGCUGCAGACCGAGGCUGUAGACUGCAGGUGGUACAUCAAGGCUCCACCAAGAGCUAGGAUCUACAUGCGUUUUCUAGAAUAUGAGAUGCACAACUCCAAUGAGUGCAAACGUAACUUUGUUGCCAUCUACGACGGCAGCAGUUCGGUCGAGCACCUGAAGAAUAAAUUCUGCUCCACGGUGGCCAACGAUGUCAUGCUGGCGUCCUCUGUAGGCGUGGUGAGACUGUGGGCAGACGAGGGGAGCAGGAAGAGCAGAUUCAAGAUCCUCUUCACAACCUUCCAUGAACCUCCGUGUGAAGGAGACACUUUCUUUUGCCAUAGCAACAUGUGCAUCAACAACACCCUAGUCUGCAACGGUAUCCAGAACUGUGUUUACCCAUGGGACGAGAAUCACUGCAAAGAGAAGAGGAAAGCCAGUAUCCUGGACACGCUGGAUCACACUAACCUCACUAUCAUUGGUGUAACCUGUGGCCUGGUUAUCAUUCUGCUUAUCAUCUCUGUCAUCAUCCAGAUCAAACAGCCUCGCAAGAAAUACAUCAUCCGCAGAGAUGACUUUGACCCUGCCCUCCUCCAUCCUGGUUUUGAGCCUCCUCACUAUGAGCUCUGCACUCUGCGACGCACCCCAUCCGGUGACCUGACUGACGCCGCCCUGGCUGAGGACUUCGAGAAGUUCCACAAGCUCCGCUGCUCCUCCAAAUGCAUCCGCGACCACCACUGCGGUCAGGAGAGCUUGCAUGGCAGCAUCCAUGGUAGCCGCAGCAAUCUGAGCAUGAGGGAUGCUACCAUUGCAGCAGACGGGGGGGUUCUUGCGCCGCCAGCGUUGCCACCAGUGAUGGCGAGCCAGCAGUCUCCACGCCUCUCCCACCACACUACACCAGCAAGUCGAAGGAGCAUUCUGGUGAUGAAGCAUAGCUAUUCUCAGGACGCGGCAGGGGGGUACAGGGCGGAGGAGGAGGAUGAUAUGAUGAUGAAUGAUGGUCCCACCACCAGCCAGCAUCAUAUGCACCACCAUCAGAUCCACCAUGGCAUGCCAGGGCUGGACCACACUGUCCACCGUACACUGUCUAAUGACUUCUAACAUAAGGCAACACUGAUCACCUCAAUUCUUUAUCUCUUGCAGUUUAAAACUAAUUUAUAAAUUAUAUUUCUGUUUAAUUUGUACAAAUGAAUGCUGAUCUCUUGUUAGUGUUUCUUGGUCUUAUACUCGUCACUAAACAGAAGAUUUACAGUACAAACAAUGUGUAAACAACAGGAAUAGAGAGGACUAGAGAUUGUGAAACACAUGAAGGAAUCCAAGUCACGUAUUUGUGAUUUUACAACACAGGGUUGCACAGUGAAUUGCAAGUUGUAGCCAAAUCAUGCUACACACACAAAGAAGAUAUAAACAAAUAUUUACAUUUACAAUAAAUAAAAACAUAUGGGAAUAUGACACUGUACGGUAGUCACAGGGACACUGUCAAGAUUUGACAGGAAUGGAUCAAAGAAGGAUUUAUAUCCACAGAUACUGAGAUAAUUAAAUUCUUAAUGUUUGAACUCUGGGAUAGAAUAUAUUUAUGACUGCAUUAUAUUUGAGAUUAUUUUAUGAAUGAAUAGUUUGUGCAUUGUAGUGAUCCCUACGUGUACUGCAACACCAAAGCAAGCCAAGUGUCACUAUUGUUAGGCUUUUCCUUUUCCUCCAACAAAAAAAGAUUUUUUCCUGGUGAACACUGGUCCAGAACAAAUAGGAAAAGACAUUCAACAAUAUUAGGAAACAUAUUAGUUACACAGGUGAAAUCAGCACACAGAAACAUGCUUCAUGCAAAAUACAGUUUUGCAGAUACCCUGUGGGCUUAAACAACAUUUUUUAUGUUGUGUAAAUGGAUAUAUGACUUAAUUGUUAGUUUUUGUUCUGGAGUAUUUAUUGAUGUUUAUUUGCCAGAUCAGUUUUUAAAUUUGGAUUGCCCCGCUUUUUUCUGGCAGAUUGAUUUCUGUUGAUUAUGUGUCUGUCUCUAUUUAUUUAUUCCAUUAAAUAUCUUCUUUUUCCUUUA